GAGUUCUUCACCCUGCCCCUACACUUUCCAUCACCCAGGACUAAUCAGUCGACAGCACCUCUACGCAAGCCGUGGUACCUGAGCAUUCGCAUCGAAAUCUUCUAGUAUCUGCCACAGAACUACAAGACUUCAUUCAAACCAUCGCAAAACCUCCAAUCCGUCACCAUGGGUAAGGAAAAGACUCAUAUCAACGUCGUCGUCAUCGGACACGUCGACUCUGGCAAGUCCACCACCACCGGUCACUUGAUCUACAAGUGCGGCGGUAUUGACAAGCGUACCAUCGAGAAGUUCGAGAAGGAAGCCGCUGAACUCGGCAAGGGUUCCUUCAAAUAUGCUUGGGUGUUGGACAAGCUCAAGGCCGAACGUGAACGUGGUAUCACCAUCGAUAUCGCUCUCUGGAAGUUCGAGACCCCCAAGUACUAUGUCACCGUCAUCGACGCCCCCGGUCACCGUGACUUCAUCAAGAACAUGAUCACUGGUACUUCCCAGGCUGAUUGUGCCAUUCUCAUCAUUGCCGCUGGUACUGGUGAGUUCGAAGCUGGUAUCUCCAAGGAUGGCCAGACUCGUGAGCACGCUCUGCUCGCCUACACCCUGGGUGUCAAGCAGCUCAUCGUCGCCAUCAACAAAAUGGACACCACCAAGUGGUCUGAGGAUCGUUACAACGAAAUCAUCAAGGAGACUUCCAACUUCAUCAAGAAGGUCGGAUUCAACCCCAAGUCUGUCCCGUUCGUGCCCAUCUCUGGCUUCAACGGUGACAACAUGAUCGACGUCUCCACCAACUGCCCCUGGUACAAGGGCUGGGAGAAGGAGUCCAAGGCUGGCAAGGCUUCUGGCAAGACCCUCCUCGAGGCCAUCGACGCCAUUGACCCUCCCAGCCGUCCCACCGACAAGCCUCUCCGUCUCCCUCUUCAGGAUGUCUACAAGAUCUCCGGUAUUGGCACAGUUCCCGUCGGUCGUGUUGAGACCGGUACCAUCAAGGCCGGUAUGGUCGUCACCUUCGCUCCCGCCAACGUCACCACUGAAGUCAAGUCCGUCGAAAUGCACCACGAACAGCUCGUCGAGGGUGUUCCUGGUGACAACGUUGGCUUCAACGUCAAGAACGUCUCCGUCAAGGAGGUUCGUCGUGGCAACGUCUGCGGUGACUCCAAGAACGACCCCCCUAAGGGUGCCGACUCCUUCAACGCCCAGGUCAUCGUCCUCAACCACCCCGGCCAAGUUGGCGCUGGUUACGCUCCCGUCUUGGAUUGCCACACCGCCCACAUUGCCUGCAAGUUCGCCGAGCUCCUCGAGAAGAUCGAUCGUCGUACCGGCAAGUCCAUGGAAAACAACCCCAAGUUCAUCAAGUCUGGUGAUGCUGCCAUCGUGAAGAUGGUUCCUAGCAAGCCCAUGUGCGUUGAGGCCUUCACCGACUACCCACCUCUUGGUCGUUUCGCCGUCCGUGACAUGCGUCAGACCGUCGCCGUCGGUGUCAUCAAAUCCGUCCAGAAGACCGAGAAGGGUGGUGGCAAGGUCACCAAGGCUGCUGUCAAGGCUGGCAAGAAAUAGAUGUCUUGCACAGGAAUUAAUCCAAUCCAUCUCACAGUGGUAUUGUUUCUUGUGGCGGAGGUUGUGGAAUGUUCACCUUCAGGAGCUGGCUUCCAUUCCACGGUUCAUGAAUUGCGGGAUUUAAAAUCUACUCCUGACCCUGGAGAUUUCAUGGUUUCCGCGCGGUUAAUUCUUGCCAUCAUCAACGGUCUUGUCCUUCUCAGCGAUUCCUUCAUACGACACCAACGUGUACUUGCUACGUUUCGGGGUACUACUGGCUUUGACGAAAAGGAGCACGGUCACUUGACUCGAAAUCGGGCCGUGUUUAUGAAAUGAUAGAAUGAUUUCAUGUCCAUCAUAGGCUAUGCAGGUAGCUCUACUGUCAAUCAAAGGACGUGAAUGCCCAAAA